CAUACAGUAGCAGUUAUAAAAGGCAAAAUUAUUCAUUUUAAAUUGCAACUUCGCUAAUUUUAACAUUUAUGUACUAUGUAUAUAAUCAAAAUUUUAUUUAUAUGUAUAUCACAUCGAACGAUAAUGGUAGAUAAAGGUAAUGGCAGAUGAAAAUAUGGUUCAGAACGCAGUGCGGCCAAAGGAAAAUCACGGAGGCGAUAAAAACGGAUGGGAAAAUGAAGAAGAUGAAGAAAAUUGUAAUGAUGCUGAAUUUGAAGCUAUAAAUGCUCAAUUAGAUCAGCUUAAUUCAGUUUUGGAUAACCUCGAACAAAAAAAUGACGAUAUUCGUGCAGAAUUGAUUCAGUUAUUACAAUCAAAUCGAGAAGCAAGAAAACAAUUUCAAGAAUUCCAGGAUUCCGUAAAAUCGGAUUUAUAAUAUUUUGUUUGAAAUAGGUAUAAUUAUACCCCGAAAAUACAUAUUUAUACUCUAUUAAUAAUAUAUUUCAAAUUUUUACAAUGUUUUACAUUACAAUAAAUUAACCUUUUUACUGUUCCAGAUGAUAAUAUAUUGUAAAUACAUAUAUUGAAUAAUAAAACAGUAUGACAUUAUA